AUGCUUAGGGCCUUCUCAUGGCGUCCAACCGCUUCAUACGUGGCCGCAAGACAACUCUGCGUGUUUAUCACGGACCUGCUCGGCGACGUGUUCACGGGCGGUGGUCCGAGGUGCUGGCCAGAAUUUGGGUUGCAGUGGGCGCGCGAGAACGGGUUCGUGCCCGUCCGCGUGCAGCCGGGCGACCCGUGCGCCUACCAGUACCCGUUCCUGUACUUGUCGAAGCCGUGCAAGGCCGGGGCGCUGCUGGGCCGCGCGGGGCCCGUCGGCGCGAGCGACCUCGCGUACGCGUUCGACGACGAGGUCCUCCGCGGCCUCGACGUGCCGUUUCUCCGCGACGUCGAUACACUCGUCGAGGCCAUGGUCGCCGAAGAUCCCUCGCUCGCCCGCGUCGCGCCGGAGAUGGUUACGCGGGACCUCUCUGAAUAA